AUGGGCUUCUUCAAACCCACCCUCAACUCAAAACACGACCACCUAUCGCUGAUAGUCCUUGGCGCCGGCGCCUUUGCUCUCGGCCUUACCAUCUGUCGACUAUGGAUGAACCGACCUGACUUUGAACAACACAAAGCGCCAUCCAACUCUGAAAAUCCUCCACACGAAGACGAGCAUGACAAUGACCACGAGGACGACCACGAACGCCUGAGACUUUCCAGCGCCCCUCUGACUCCUAUCCGUGGCCGCGAAUACAGUCUCCUCGACGACUUUCCAUUGCCACCAUCAUCAUCAACGAUUGACGAGCUCGCAAAGCCUGCUUCUUUGAAUGGACAUUCUUCUCACCUUCUCCAGCAGGAAGAACAACAACAGGAAUACCAACAACAAACCCCUUCAUCAACCUCCCAAUCGACAAUCCCAUCCCCUACUUCCCCUUUUACUCCCCCUUCUCAUUCUCCCAGUUCCUCGGCAGAAGAAGAACAACAAAAACAAGAACAAAAUCAAAAUCAAAAUCAAAAUCCACAACAAACCCAACAAGAAAAAUUCAACUGGACCAAUUUUUCCCAAAACGAAAAUCUUCUCCCGACUCCUCCUCCCCCCUUUUCUUCUUCUUCUUCUUCUUCUUCCUCUCCUCACUUUUCUCCCUCUCCCUCUUCCCCCUCUUCUUCUUCUUCUUCUUCUUCUCCCCCCUCUCCAAAAAGAAAACAAACCCAUCAAACCCAUCAAAACCCCUCCUCCUCCCCAAACUUCUUCUCAGGAACUUCCGCCUGGCCGCGAGAAUUACCACGAAGGAUGAUAGUUCCUCCUGAACUCACCACAACCACAGCCACCAAUGAGCAGCCGUUUAUUUUUCGGGGGAUGGCUUCUUCGUUGUCAUCAUUGUUGCAAGAGGAAAAGGAGGGGAGUUGUGGAGGUAGUGGUGGAGAGAAGGAUUAA